AUGUCUGGCGGAUCCAGGAGACUGGACAUAUCGUCGCUGCUCUGCGACGACACCCCCGACGACCAUGUCGUUCUUGCUCCACAUCUCAGGAGUCUCGAGGCCCUCGUCCACGCUGCAACCCAGGAACGUCGGCGGUUGUCGGGCAGUGACCUUAUCCAACCACAACCCCAGCAACCUCACCCUCACCAACCCCAACAGUUCUCGCAGCACCAGCAUCACCAGCAACAGGCACGACAGUCUCCGCAGUUCCAUCGCAAUUCAUGGAAAGAGGAGCCAUCUUAUCCCCCGCGUCAACCCCAAAGCCCGCUGCAUCCCAAGUCAAUCGAUGAACUUACCCUUCAUAGUCCCCGCGAGACAUUCAAAGCCCCUACAUCCCCUUAUCAGCAACCCCAGCAGUCCCGGCUUCACUCUUAUGACGAAGAUAAACACAGAUUUCAUCAAUUAAGACAACAACAAUUGGAACAGCAGGAACGUGACCAUCAGUAUUACCGUGCCCAAGAAAUCCAGCGACAACACCGGUUGCAGCAGGAAGAGGCUGAUAGGAGGAGGGCUCAGGAAGCAGAGCGACUCGCAGAGCUCGAAAGAAAGGCUCAGCUGGAGAGGGAACGAAUGGAAGAGGAGCGACAGAAGUUGGAGAAUGAGCGAAAGCGCUUGUUGGAAGUAGAACGACGUUUGCAAGAGCAGGAACAGCGGCGGCAGGAGGAGAGCCGCAGGGAGGCGGAACGUCUCAGGCUGGAGGAGGAGCGACGGGAGCAUGAGCGCCGUGAGCGAGAGAUUGCGGCCAUUCGCGAGGCGGAGCGUCGAGAGCAACAACGUCGUGAACGAGAGGAGAUUCAGAGAAGGGAGGAACAGCAACGGUACUUUAAUGCGCAGGAGAUUCAACGAUCUGAAGAUAUGCAACUUCGACUGCACCACCACCAGCACCAGCGGCGUCUCCUUUCGCCACACCAGCAACACCAUGCACAUUUAUCUCUCCAACACCACUCGAUGCAUCAGCACCAACAACCAAACCAAAGGCAAUACGAGCAUCCGCCCCGCAUCGAAAUACCUCCUGGACCUCAGCUGACAACAUCCCGCAAAUCCGAUCCUAUUCCAAUUCUCAAGUCCUCUCAGUCACAGUCGCCCAUCAUCCAGCCGCUUUCACAUAUACCACCUGAUCAACGGCCCACCAAGAAGCGGCGGUAUUCUGAGUCCCCUUCCAUGGCUCCCAUGCUCGUCGAUGAGAGUCAUGACCGCAUUCAGCGUGAACGGGAGAAGAUGUCCGCGGGGGAGAUAGGUUAUGGUCGUUUUGAAUCACCGAUAGCAGGUCCUUCCUCCUCGUCAGUACCGACGUACACGACUAUUCCAUCGCCAAUGUCCGUGGUCCUCAAUCCCGUUGCCCCUCGCCGUCCUCACUCAGGUUCCGGUUCCGGUGGAAGGAAACCCGUAUCUGUCUCUGACCUCUUAUCGCCGGACCAUGAGGAUCCAAUAUCCAGUGUCUCGUCACCGUCCAUUCCCUUAGGCCGGCGUUCUCCGCCCGGAAGUCAAAUCGGGAGAGCUAAAGCCUCUCGAAAAGCGGAAGAGUAUUCGCAAACGCCUCAUCCCCCACCAUCUCGGCCUUCCGUGCCCACCUCUUCCCCUCCCUCUGCUCACCAUCCCAACCCAGUCAUUGCGAUUCCCGAGGUGCACCGACCAGUAUCCCUGCAAGUUCCAUUAUCCCCUCAACCACUUCCGACGACUGCGGCCUCAGUGGAAGAUUCCCGUCCUUCCGUACCUGUGAAGCGACAUAAAGGCGAUAAGGAAGAAUCCUCAGAGCAUGCACUCGACGGGCCUGUCCCAGCCCCGCGGAAGAAGACUCCGUCAACGCAUGGGAAGGAGAAAGAGCAAUUUCGGCCUCAUAAACCUCCGGAGAAAGAUGAGCCGAAGGAGCAUGGCACAGGGACGGCGCAAGAGGGAGAUGCGCAUGACUGGCUAUUGCAACAUUACGCCCACGCUUCACCCGCUAAGCAGGGGCGAGAUAGUCCAAGCCACUCAUCUUCCAACACCUCAUCACGUACUGCUCGACCACGAACACAAUCUCCGUCCUCCUCCACAGUGCCUCGUCGCACAAAGUCACCAGUCGUAACGGUACCGUUCAAGAAGCAAGCUGCACAGCCGCCACCACCCCCGUCGACAGUGAGGGACCAAGACCAAGCGGACGACGAUGACGAUGGUGGGUUGGACCAGGAGCUGGAGGAGUUGCUGGCUGAAGUCAAGGUGCCCAACAAGCCGACUCCUCCUGACUCGAUGGAUGUCGACGUUGAUUCUGCUGUCGCCGAUCUCGUGGCUGAAACGUUGGAGGAGAGACACGCCCCCCAGAAGGAAGCCAAUCGCCGGCCUAGGACGAAUCUCACGAAGGAGGAGGAAGAGGAGGAAGAUGGGGACAUUGCCAUGCGACCUGCCUCCACCGCUCCGGAAGCGCAAACCCUUGUCGAUGAUGUCGAGGAUGAAUUACUCAGCUUGGUGGAAGACAAGCCAACUCAUGUCUCUCAUGUCUCGGCGACUCUUCUGCCCAAACAGCACGAUGUCCCAGUUGGGAGUGGCAAAGCAGCGAAGGCCGCCAGCAAAGCAUCUCGCAAGCCCGCGAAACCGAGCAAAACAUUGCCGCCUCCCCUGAAGACUUCCGGUAUCUCGAGCGAAGUCCAUUUGGCAUCUGCGACAGCCACGUCUGCAUCACCCACAUCCGCUUCCCGAGACCUGCCACCUCUGUCGGAUUCCGCGCCGCCUUCUGCAGCUGCGAAGGACGGGAGCAUUAAACAAAAGAAGGUCAAGGACGAUGAUAGAGGGAAAGAUAUCGACGGGGAUUCGCCACCCUCUGCCCCAACCACCACGGCGCCGGUCAAGAAGAAGAACGCGAAGAAGUCCAAGGCUCAAACCUCUGUUGAAGAGGGUACACCUUCGUCCUCCACCUCGACGGUCCCAAAGGCUAAAGCAAAGUCGUCCAGCAAAGUCAAAAAGGCUUCCGGUGAUCUAGAUGGGAACAAAACGACUAAUUCUAUUGUCCAUACCCCCUCCGAUACGGGCUCCAAGUCGACGAAAUCUGCCGCUGGGGCUAUCUUCACCAAGGGAGGUUCGGUCUCGCGCUCCAGGUCGACAAGCGUGAAGCCUGGUAUUGCUGUUGACGAACCUCAAAGCCCGGCCGAUUCCAAGCUCGCUGACGAAGAGGAGUCGCAGGAUACCACGAACGAGGACGACAAGCUGUACUGCGUAUGCAAAACCAAGUACGAUCAGGAAAGGGCCAUGAUUGCAUGUGACCGCUGCGAUGACUGGUACCACAUGCAAUGUGUCAACAUGCCCGAACUUGUUGCAGACCUCGUUGACCAAUUCUUCUGCCCUCCUUGCAUCGAAAAAAAUCCCAAACUCAACCUGACCACUACGUACAAGGCGCGUUGUCUAUGGGGACUAAAGCACCCAGACCCAGAUUCCGUGGCUGCGUGCCACAAACCUGCCCGCGGUGCAUUUUCGAAAUACUGUUCUGAAGAAUGCGGUGUCAAGUACAUGCAAUCUCGCAUCGAUUCCUGGGCGAAGAAAGGCGGGAAGAAGGAAAAGUUGUGGGAGAGUGUUAAGCAUGCGGAGAAAAGGGAAGGAGUGGUGGUCAGGAUCGAAGCUACGGACGAGUGCGCCAAACCCGCAAAUCUCGUCACACCAACAGAUGACGAAGACUCCAAGAACGGAGUUCUCUGCUCUUCAGAAAAGACCUCGCAGCUGAAAGCAGGGAAGCCCGUCAAGACCAAAGUCGAGCGGGAUAAAGAACGACUCAAUGCGACUUUGGACCACCUUGCGAAGGUGCAGGACGAGAUUAAGAAGAGCCUGGAGAUCCUCAGCUGGAGGGAGCGUUUACUUAAUCUUGCGGUGGAGAGGUCGGAAACGGUUUCUCAAUGCGGAUGGGAUCAACGGCUCUGUUUUGGGGAUGAUGAAUGGACUGAGGGCUUGGGUCAAACCAUUGCGGAUAGUUACGAGUCUUACGACAGGUCCGAUCGAAUGGACAUCGAUGAAGCUGAGGGAACACCUUCAGUGGAGGGCUCUUGGUGGUGUUCUCAAGAUUCGGGCUGCGCAAGACAUGUCGGGUGGCAGACAACGCGCUUCAAGGACAUCGCCAAGGAGAAAGAGAAACGGGAAGAGGCUUUUGCGAAAUUCCACGGUCGUGAACAAGACGUCCGCGCGCAGCUGGAGGAGCUGGAAAGCCCGUCUGUCCCUAAUGAGAAGCAGCGCCGUCCUUCCAACGCGAGGGGCUCAGGGACAGGACCACCGACCCAUACCAGCAAGACGACCCAUAAACCGCUGACCUCCAUAAAUUCGCGACUCCCAAAUGGCCAAUCCAAGGGUAAAGGCGCCGCCAGUGAGCCGGUGAAGAAAGGAAAAAAGCGGAAGGCACCCUAA